UUUCCAUCCUCGACAUAUUAAAAUGACCGCCUUCGAAGCUACAAAGGUCUACGAUGUGGUGGUGGUGGGUGCCGGGCUCAGUGGUCUCCAAGCUGCUCAUUCAAUUCGGGCCGCAGGGUUCAGUGUAUGUGUCUUAGAAGCUACCAAUCGAGUGGGCGGAAAGACAUUGUCGGUACAGUCCUGUGAGAAUGGAGUGAAUGAUCUGGGAGGGGCCUGGAUCAACGACACCAAUCAGAACGAGAUCUUCAAACUCCACCAGCGAUAUAACCUGGAGGGCGAGAUCCAGUAUACUCGUGGAGAUGACAUCCUCCUAUUGACAGACGGCGUGGCUCGCAAGAUACCUUAUGGCCAGACCCCAACAGGUCUUCCACAGCAACUUAUCGAGAUUUUUCGAGAGGAAUCCUCGCACAUCGAUCUACAUAGUCCUGCCAGCUCCGCUGAAGCCGAAAGGAUUGACAGACAGACAUUCCGGGACUUCUGCAUUAGUCGGACAGGAUCUCAGCAUGCGGCGGAUUUUGCAGACGCAAUCUCUGCGGCGCUUCUUGGAGUGGACAGCAACGAACUCAGUGCUUUGUAUAUGCUGUAUUACUUCAAGUGCGGUUGUGGGGUUGACAAUAUGCUUUCGGACGGGAAAGAUGGUGGACAAUACUUGCGGACAAGGCAAGGCACUCAAACUAUUUCUCUGAACAUGGCGAAGGAGCUUGACCCAGAGGCUCUCUUCUUAGACACACCGGUCACUUCAAUCGACCAAUCUCGCUCUGAUGGUAUCUGUGUGGUUCAGACUCUCGGUCGUCCUACUUUCCACUGCCGACGAGUCAUCGUGUCUGUGCCCACUACCUUGUACCGGAGCAUCUCUUUCAGUCCACCACUACCAGAGGCAAAGCACACUCUUAGUCGCGACACCGUGAUGGGAUACUACAGCAAGAUGAUUUUCGUCUUCUCAGAGCCAUGGUGGCGUAAUGCUGGAUUUACUGGUAUCCUAAACUGUGCGAAUGGCCCAAUUACCUUCACUCGGGACACUAGUAUUCCCGCGGAUGACCAGUGGUCUAUCACUUGCUUUAUUGUCGGAAGCCGCGGGCAGACAUGGUCGAAGCUGUCUAAACCAGAUCGGCAAGCCCAGGUCUGGAAGGCAUUUUGUCAGUGCUUUGCUGAAUUUGUGGAGAGUAUCCCCGAGCCGGCAAAUGUUCUGGAGAUGGAGUGGAGCAAACAGCCUUUCUUCCUGGGGGCCCCUUGUCCAGUCAUGAGGCCUGGUGGAAUGGUCUCAGCUGGGAACAGCCUAGCUGAGCCAUUCGGGAGAGUCCACUUCGUCGGAACCGAAACUUCCUUGGUGUGGCCUGGAUAUAUGGAAGGGGCUGUUCGGUCCGGGCAGCGAGGAGGUGCCGAAGUUGUGAAGGCGUUUAAAGACGACCAUCGUUCCAGGGCGUAGGAAACCUCAAAGAAUACUCUUGAUAAAUAAUCGC